GGAAGGCGAUUCCGCGAAAUCCGCAGUCGUUAAACCCUAGAAUCAGUAAUCACCAAAACUUGAAAAACCCCAAAACCGAAGAACUGGAAAUUGACGCGCGCAAAAAUGGCUCGCUUGAUUCGAACAGCUCAAAGAAUACUUCUCUGUAAUUCUUCCAAAAGCUUAUUGCACGGUGGUGUCCGAUCACCGGCCGUCGCCUCAACUUCGUUUGUCCAGUCCAGAUCUUACGCUUCCGAAGUCAUUUCCAAAUCGCCUUUCGAAGCUAACAUUCUCAGAAUCCUCCGGAACGAGAUCCAGUACCAGUCGGAAUACGCUCCACCGCAUCAUCCUGCUGCCAAGUUCAAUUCGUUUACUGUACAAGAUCGACCUGGCGAGCAGUAUAUUACAAUGAGGGGGAAGUAUGGUGACAAUGAAGACAUUAAAAUUGAUGUUACUAUGUUUGAUGGUUGUGCAUAUGUUCCAAAACCUGGAGAAGAUAGUACCGGCGAAGAUGUGCAUCUCCACAUUAGCUUGUUGGUUGAUAUUUCCAAGGGGCAGGAUCGUGAGGAAUUAGAGUUUUUGUGCUCAGCAUGGCCUGAUUCUUUGGAAAUUCAGAAAGUUUACUUUCUCAGGCGUGAAAAGAUGAUCGCUGGGCCUUACAUGGGACCUAAUUUCAGGGAUUUGAAUGUGAAGCUUCAGAAGACACUUCGUGAAUAUUUAGAAGCAAGGGGGGUAAAUGAUGAGCUCUCUGUUUUCUUGCACGAGUAUAUGAAGAACAAGGAUAGAAUUGAACUUAUCCAAUGGUUGAGUACUGUCAAGUCAUUUGUGGAAAAAUAGUUGCAAAACUUAUAUUUUCUAAUUUUUGGAUUUAUUGAUUUGAAGAUAUUAAUCUCCUAGAGGGAUGGACAUUGUUAUGCUCCUCGUGCAUGAUUUUUAUACAUAUAUUCAAUUUGAUGCCCGGCUGAAUAUAUGAUGGCCUUGGAUAAUAACGCUCGUUAACAAAAGUGGAUGAAUUAUGAAGGUAAUCUCUAGGCAAAUAUUUGGUGAUGUCUAUUGUAUCUCGAAGUCUCUAUGAGAGAGAAGUAAGCAGCUAGCUAAUGUCAGGCCUGUCAUUGCCCUGUUUGCUAUGAGAUUGCUUCAUGGAUGCUCGUGGCUUGGGCAAAGCUUAGAGAAUAAAACAUUUUGGCAUAAAUCUGUAGUACCCUGCCAUGGCGUAGGACAUGAUUCAACUUCCUUUUCCUUUCCUUAAUUGGAAGCUCUUCCAUUUGCAAUCUCAAGUAAUCUUGUGAAAGCACUUCCAAAUUAUGUACAAUCUGAUAUACAGCAUUUAUCAGUGGUUAUGUUAGAAGUUUGGACUGUAUGGUAAUAGAUCAUAUUUAGAAAUUUACGCUCAUUUUCUUAUUCACUUUUGGUGUGAAUGGAGCAGUUUAUCUACUACCUUUUCUCUGAAUGAUAUCUACUGCGUUGCUGAAACUCUUGGGGGAAGAAAGUAGACUGUGGUUGCUGUAUUGUUUUGAUGUAGCUUACAGAAAAGAAAGCAUAACCUACUAAGCUUAUUCGGUGUGCUGACUCAUGUUUUAAAUGUUCAUAGUGAGCUAAUCCUAUAUGCAGAGCACAAUCACAAGGCAGAUCACCAAGGAAAUUGGAAGAAAUAUAUCACUAUGAAUAGUAAGGUCAUAAGGCUUGUGAAAGUCCAUCACCAUCUGCAGGUACACUAUUAUGCAUUUGGUGGAGAUUGGAGAGAGAAAAUGAAUUGUUUAUACACAC